UUUCAAUCCUGCUUCUGAUUGGUUUUCUUGUACCUCUUUUGUCAAUUCAAUGAACGCACGCUCUCUGCGAUGUUUUCGAGUUGUGAUGGCAGUACAAAAAACUGAGUGGCUAUUUGCAUUCUACUUUGAGAAGGUUAAAGUGUAAUUUAUCUCAGCCAUGUACAAAAUUGUUAGUUGUAGCUCUCAGUUUCGUUCAAGUUAAAAAAAAAAAAAAACUCAGGGUCGGAUGUAAAAGAAUGAUGGCCGCAUGGCAAGAAAUAGCUUAGUUUUCCACGCUGAUGGUUUUGUUUUAGUCUGGGUUGUUUCAUGUCACUUAUACAUUUGUUUUAUUAGUUAGGCUCGUCAGCACAAACUCUAGUGCUGUUUUUACGUAGCAUGUGGAGGGCUUCUGUGUCCUUUAGUUUACAUACAAUAUUGAGUAGAUAAACGGCACCAGUGUUUGCGUUUGUUUUAGGAUCAAUCUUCUUCGUGGCUAUCUGAACCAAGAAUUUGCUUGAAUUUAGGUCAUUGUAAAGCAGGUUUUUCUUUUCACGCCUACGAGCUAUUUUAUCGAUUAGAGGGGUUUAUUUAAAGGCACCAUGCCCAUUCGGCGUCUAGGGGGUCACAGGUCUCUGAUUUCUUUUUCUCAAAGUACAAAGUUGUCUUAUGGUUUUAAGAAAAUGAAUAGUUCACGAACUGGCUACCGUGUUUUUUCUGCCAAUUCCACCACUGCCUGCACCGAGCUGGCCAAGAAGAUAACGGAACGCUUAGGUGUGGAUUUGGGCAAGUCAGCAGUUUGUCAGGAGUCAAAUACAGAGACUGGAGUGGAUCUGAAAGAAUCUGUCCGUGGACAAGACGUUUUCAUCAUACAGACCAUCCCCAGAGAUGUCAACACAGCCAUCAUGGAGCUGCUAGUUAUGGCUUAUGCACUGAAGACAUCCUCUGCCAAGAACAUCAUCGGCGUUAUUCCUUACUUUCCCUACAGCAAACAGUGCAAAAUGAGGAAAAGAGGCUCCAUUGUUUGCAAGUUGCUAGCAUCCAUGUUAGCGAAAGCUGGUCUAACUCAUAUCAUCACUAUGGAUCUUCACCAGAAGGAAAUACAAGGCUUCUUCAGUUUCCCUGUUGACAACCUUAGAGCUUCUCCUUUCCUCAUCCAGUACAUCCAGGAGGAGAUCCCAGACUACAGGAAUGCCAUAAUUGUGGCAAAAUCUCCUUCAGCUGCUAAGAGAGCUCAAUCCUAUGCUGAGAGGCUCCGACUUGGACUGGCAGUGAUGCAUGGGGAUGCCCACCAUUCAGAAUCAGACAUGGCAGACGGCCGACAUUCCCCCCCUUUGUCCCGAGCCACCACAGGACACCCUGGUCUGGAGCUUCCAUUGAUGAUGGCCAAGGAGAAACCACCUAUAACUGUUGUUGGAGAUGUUGGAGGCAGGAUCGCCAUCAUUGUUGAUGACAUCAUAGAUGAUGUGGAGGAUUUUGUUGCAGCAGCAGAAAUUCUGAAGGAAAGGGGAGCCUACAAGAUCUACAUUAUGGCUACACAUGGUUUAUUGUCUGCAGAGGCACCGAGAUUAAUAGAGGAGUCUGCAAUUGAUGAGGUUGUGGUGACAAACACUGUUCCUCAUGAGGUGCAGAAGCUUCAGUGUCCAAAAAUCAAAACGGUGGAUGUCAGUAUGAUCCUCGCUGAGGCUAUUCGGCGCAUUCACAAUGGAGAGUCCAUGGCUUAUCUGUUCCGUAACAUUGCUGUGGAUGACUGAGGCGACAAGCUUACAAUUACAUCACAACACAUAAAAAGGAUAAAUACCUUGUAGCUGGUUAACCUGAUGAUGCAGGUUUAACCAGUUUAAACCAGAAGUUAAAUGUAAUCUGUCACAUAUGAAACAAAACCUUGUUUAUUAUUGACACUUUGAAAAUGUAUGAUUUGUCUCACAAUUUCUCUAUAUGCUGCAGAAUAUAUCAAAUAAAGCUUUUGUUUUCUUGGGUGAAGAUAGUGAAGUAUAAAUAUAGGUUUUACAGUAGAGUUUACAAGUGGAACAUGAUUUCAGGAACUAGAAAAGCUUCUGUUCAGCGGGUUCACACCUGAACCUAAACUUUCAGUAAGGCUUUCGGUCACCACUCGUUAUCUUUUUAAGCGUUUACAAUAACCAAACACUUUAUUAAAACUUUUAACUCCCAUUACGUGAAUAUAUUGUCAUCAGAGCUGAAUCUAGUGUCAGCGAUAUGCUCUUGAGAAAGUUUUUACUUUGAGGUUGAAGUAUCCAGCAGCUUGACAAGAAAAAGCUAGAAGUGUUAAACGGGACUAUUAAUAUAAUACUUGAUAUAUCAAAUUGUGUUUAAGUUUAAACCAAAAACACAAGGUCAAAAACCUUCAUGUGCCAACCAGCAUUUCAAUUGUGUAAUUUGUAUAUAAAAAAUGUUGACCACUCAGAAAAUCUUUCCCCUUAUUAUUACAGUUUAUUCUCACGGUCACUUUUUCAAGUAUAUUAUACACAUUGGUACAGUAUCCCAAGUAACUCAGGUUGAAUGUAGACAGAACAAAUUUGCAAAGCAAAAAAGAAAAGUCAAAUCUGCACUGUAGCUUUUUGAAUUACCUGAAUAAUGUUUUCAUGGCCAACGCACUUAUUUAAUAAAAAAUGAGGCAGUGUUUCUGUCCAGGACCCUGAACUUGUUCUAAACGCCUCAGAGUCAUUCUAAUCUGCUGAGGAGCUUUGACCAAGUCCAGUGUCACAGACAUCAGAAAAUAUUUGUCAAGAUUUAUAUGAUUGGCCUCCAUCACUGCAGCUAAAAUCU